UUAGCGGCGAGCGCCGCUGUAUCGUUCCAGACGUCGAGGCGAACGGGUCUGGAAAGCAAUAGCUGCGCGUUCUUCCUAUCGAAAUCGUUUCGUGUACCACCUCGGGCGCCACACAUCUUCUACAGUUCUAGCCGGUCCAAGCGGGUGAAGAUCGGUGACGGGCGCGGGUGGCGGUGCGGUUUCCUUUUCCUCCAUGCAGCCACGUGCGCACAUGGCUUUCGGCAACGCGCGCGUUUAAGAUAAAAAGGGUCAUUAUUGUUAAAGAGAGGCAAGACGACGCACGCACGUUUCACCAGGCGAACAUAGGCUGUGCUGGAGAGGCAGUGCCGGGUAGUGAGGAAAAGUAGUGUAACUCGCCGCAGGCUUUAGAAGUAGAUCGGCUUUGCAGAACGGCGGACCGGUUUGAAGGUAACCGUACUUUGCAAGGCAGCAACCGUAGCACCGUAAAGUAGCAGCAAGCAAGCAAGGCACCGGACCGUUUACCAAACCGUGAUGGGUCUAUCACGCGUGGAGCGCGUUAUCCCCGGGACACGAUGGCUGCGCGGCUACACGGGACAGUUCGUGGUGGCCGAUCUGAUCGCCGGCAUCACUGUAGGAUUGACAGUACUUCCCCAAGGGUUGGCGUAUGCGACACUUGCCGGUUUAGAGCCUCAGUACGGUCUAUACUCCGCCUUUGUCGGUGGCGUUGUGUACGCGCUUCUGGGUGGCUGCCGUGAGGUGACGAUCGGUCCAACCGCCCUACUAUCACUCAUGACUAGCCGACACACGGGCUACGGAGGUGCGUCCGGUCCGCAGCUCGCCAUACUGCUAUGCUUCCUGUCGGGCGUAGUCGAGCUGCUGAUGGCCGUCCUACGGCUUGGUGCGCUGGUCGAUCUCAUCUCGCUGCCCGUCACGGUGGGCUUCACCUCGGCCACCGCACUGAUCAUUGGAGCGUCCCAGCUGAAAGCGCUGCUCGGCAUACGCGGUGGGUCGGGGUCAGGAUUCGCCAGCACCGUGCGCACCGUGGUGGAAAAGCUUCCCGAGGCCCGGAUAGCCGACAGCAUACUGGGUGUCGUAUCGAUCGCUGUACUGCUGGCAAUGAGGAAAUUAAAAGACAUCAAAACACCGCCCGAAGCUACGCGGGGACGCAAAACACUGGGAUUCGUUUGCUGGCUGAUUGCAACAGCGCGCAAUGCGCUCGUCGUGCUGGUGACCAGCUUUGUCGCGUUUUACUACGAUCAACGGGGCGAACGGCCGUUCAUACUGACCGGCACGGUGAAAAGUGGAAUUCCGGACUUUCAGCUGCCACCGUUCAGCACCGUACUGCCGACAGGCGGUGGACCCAAUGGAACCGAACCAGUGCCGGUCGGCUUCGUCGGCAUGAUCGAGGAGCUGGGUGCAUCGAUUGCACUCGUGCCCAUUAUCGCGGUGCUGGGCAAUGUGGCCAUCUCGAAAGCGUUCGGCGGCAGCGGCAUCAAUCCGACGCGCGAACUGGUCGCCCUGUCGCUCAGCAACAUUUGCGGAUCGUUCUUCAGCUCGUUUCCCGUGACGGGAUCGUUCUCGCGCAGUGCGGUCAACCAUGCGAGCGGCGUAAAGACACCGAUCGGUGGCAUCUACACCGGUGCGCUCGUGCUGUUGGCGCUGGGUGUGCUGACGCCUUACUUCCAGUACAUCCCGAAGGCUGCCCUCAGCGCGGUGAUCAUUUCGGCGGUCAUCUUUAUGAUCGAGUACGAGGUGAUCCGCCCGCUUUGGCGAUGCAGCAAGCGCGAGCUUAUUCCGGGCGCGGUAACGUUCGUGCUGAGUCUAAUCAUCGGUGUCGAGCUGGGACUGUUGGCCGGUGUGCUGACCGAUCUGGCUUUUGUCGUGUACCGGACCGCUCGCCCACUGCUGACGGUUAGCGUGGCAGAUACGGCCCUCGGCACGCAGUACAUUUUAAUCCGUCCAAAUCACAGCCUCUUAUACUUUCCGGCCGUCGAAUGGGUGCGCAACGUCACGUCCAAAGCUAUCAAGCAGCAUGGCAACAUUCCGGUGGUGUUUGACUGCCGGUUAGUGAAUGAAUUCGAUUACACUGCCGCGACUGGUUUGCAAAUGCUGCAAAAGGAGCUGGAGAAGAAAAAGAUCCCGCUGAUCGUGUACGGAUCGACGAACGAGGUGCGAAAGCUGCUUCAGGAAACGCUGAAAAGCAGCCUGAUCGAGGUGACGAAUGAUGACGAGCUGGAGGUUCUGCUGCAGGAGCUGUCGCCUGCCGACGGUGCAGGUAAGCAUGAGCUGCGGGAAGUCGUUACACCGCUCCUAUCGCCCGACCGUGCACCGCCCAUCGCCGAGCUCGAGGAUUCGUGUCGCAAGGAUAAAAGAUUCAUUCCACCAUGUAUCCUGUCGUGCGGUAUCACCCACACCGCCGUCGUACCGCUCGAUCUGGUCAAGUGCCGGCUGCAGGUCAACCAGGCCAAGUACAAGAAUCUGUUCCACGGAUUCAAGGUCACCAUCGCGGAGGAGGGUGCGCGCGGUCUGGCCAAGGGAUGGGCACCGACCUUCUUCGGCUACUCGGCCCAGGGUGCCUUCAAGUUCGGUCUGUAUGAGGUGUUCAAAAUCAAGUACGCUGACAUGAUCGGCGAGGAGAAUGCCUACCUGUACCGUACCUGGGUGUAUCUGGGCGCUUCCGCCUCGGCCGAAUUCUUCGCCGACAUUGCGCUGGCCCCGCUGGAGGCGGCCAAGGUCAAGAUCCAGACCAUGCCCGGAUACGCCAACACGAUGCGACAGGCCAUGCCGAAGAUGAUGGGCGAGGAGGGCGUUAUGGCGUUCUACAAGGGUCUGGUUCCGCUGUGGUGCCGUCAGAUCCCGUACACCAUGAUGAAGUUCGCCUGCUUCGAGAAGACCGUCGAGCUGUUGUACAAGCAUGUCGUGCCGAAGCCACGCGACCAGUGCUCGAAGGGUGAGCAGCUGAUUGUGACGUUCGCUGCCGGCUACAUUGCCGGUGUGUUCUGUGCCGUGGUGUCCCAUCCGGCCGAUGUGGUGGUGUCCAAGCUGAACCAGGCCAAGGGAUCGUCCGCGAUCGAUGUGGCCAAGCAGCUGGGCUUCAUGGGCAUGUGGAACGGUCUGACGCCGCGUAUCAUCAUGAUCGGUACGCUGACCGCCCUGCAGUGGUUCAUCUACGACGGUGUGAAGGUUGCCCUCUCCAUCCCCCGCCCACCCCCGCCAGAGAUGCCGGAGUCGCUGAAGAAGAAGCUGAACGUAGAAAUCGAAGCAAGCAACAGCAGACCCCCAAGCAUCAUGUUCACCGCACUACUGGACGCUGCGCGUAAUUCGCCCUUCAAGACGCCGUUCACGAAGGCACAGUGUGAUGCCGGUACCGUCGCCCCGGUCCGUGGCCGCUCCAUUGCGGCCGCCGCCACCGAUGAGGUCGAGUUCGGUUCGACCAAGUUCUUCCUGCUGUGCGGUCUCGGCGGUAUCAUUUCCUGCGGCUCCACCCACACCUUCGUCGUGCCGCUCGAUCUGGUCAAGUGCCGGCUGCAGGUCGACCAGGCCAAGUACAAGAACGUGUUCCACGGCUUCAAGCUCACGCUGGCCGAGGAUGGUUCCCGCGGUCUGGUGAAGGGAUGGGCCCCCACGUUCUUCGGCUACUCGGCACAGGGUGCCUUCAAGUUUGGUCUGUAUGAGGUGUUCAAGGUGCAGUACGCCAACAUGCUGGGCGAGGAGAAUGCCUACCUGUACCGUACCUGGCUGUAUCUGGGCGCAUCCGCCUCGGCCGAAUUCUUCGCCGACAUGGCUCUGUCGCCGUUCGAGGCGGCCAAGGUCAAGAUCCAGACCAUGCCCGGAUUCGCCAGCAAUAUGCGUGAAGCGAUGCCGAAGAUGAUGGGCGAGGAGGGCAUCAUGGCGUUCUACAAGGGUCUGGUUCCGCUGUGGUGCCGUCAGAUCCCGUACACCAUGAUGAAGUUCGCCUGCUUCGAGAAGACUGUUGAAUUGCUCUAUGCUUACGUCGUGCCGAAGCCACGCGACCAGUGCUCGAAGGGUGAGCAGCUGAUUGUGACGUUCGCUGCCGGCUACAUUGCCGGUGUGUUCUGCGCUAUCGUUUCCCAUCCGGCCGACGUGGUCGUGUCCAAGCUGAACCAGGCCAAGGGAUCGUCCGCGAUCGAUGUGGCCAAGCAGCUCGGCUUCAUGGGCAUGUGGAACGGUCUGAUGCCGCGUAUUAUCAUGAUCGGUACGCUGACCGCCCUGCAGUGGUUCAUCUACGACGGUGUGAAGGUUGCCCUAUCCAUCCCCCGCCCACCCCCGCCAGAGAUGCCGGAGUCGCUGAAAAAGAAGCUUGGAGUGCAGUAAACCCUCCCCACCAUAUCGCCCUUUUCCCCUCUCUGUUGUCCUUACCUUAUCCUAAUUGUUAGCUUCCCAUCAACAUCAUCCUGUUCCGCAAACUCUCGUACUCGUACUUUAAUAUCGUCUAUUAGGGAUGGCUGUCUUCGUCAACACUCAACUUCAAACACGAAUGCUUCGAAUGCCAGUAAUUUUAAGAAACUCAACACACGAACUCUCCGCGGAUCGCUUGCCGCCAGCCACCACCGUUCGUUCGUCUGUCGCUAUGCGAAAGUCAUUCGAUUUGCAAUAACAGUUGUUGCAGCUGCAAUAGCACAGUAAUAUUCAGUAUUGCAUCGUGUGCAAAUUGAAGUUUAAUAAAACAAAAAACAAAAACAAUGGGGCAACUACUCGCGCGAGCUGUUAUCGUCAAAAAGGAUCGGACGCAAUGUGUUUGGCUUGGUGUGUGCGAGUGAAGGAUAUAUCCAAAGAAAGGAAUUAUACAUACAGAACACAAAAACAGAAACACACCAAAGUCGUUGAAUAAUAAAAAAAAACUAGACAGUAAAAAAA